AUGACGGACCGAGCACGUCUCAUCUCAGCCUUGAUUUGGUUGUGCACGCUCUUCGGGUUAUGCAACGCUUCGCAGAUAUACCAGAGGCUGAUAUAUAACGCGCUCUAUGGGUUCUGGAAACUGUCACCGACGGAAGACGGCCGCGAUGUGUUCACGAAUGGGAAAUCGGCGGAGUCGGAACUCGAGGGUCACAUCAACGACAUCCUCACUGGAGCUGCCUACUUUUUCACGCCCAAGGAAUCACGUCUCUUUUAG